UGUGGCUGGUGAUGCCGUUACUGCUUUGUAGAAACGUUACUAAAUGAAUAUGAAAGGGACACAGUUUUGCUUGAAAUAGCAAACUUCAUACAACCAACUCCGAAAACCACGCCAGAGACCGGAACGAGAUUCACACAAGACAGCCUGCUAUUCUAUUUUCUGACUUUAGCCAAGUUACUUUUAGAAAGAUUUUACGGUGUUGCUUUUUAUAAAUGCAUUUGAUAGCAUGAUACCUUGAUUACGGACUACGUGAUCAAACCGUAUUGUUAGUUUUUAGACAUGGACGUUCCUCGGACGGAUUGGUGUUUGGCAUGUGAUGAGGACUUAGUUGGUCGGAGAGAUGAUCCCGUUGCACCACCCUACACCUCGCCAUGGGACAUACAAACUAAUAUUUGGUCCGCUCCGAAUUCUUUCGCGUCUGGGUCAGAAACAGCAGAAUCGGAUGUCGGAUUCUUUGAACACAAAGACUUCGUUACUAUGCCAGUCAACACAGAAAUCAAGGACCAGAACGUCCAGACAGAGAACUUGGUUGAGGAGAAGGGCAACAACACCAAUGAUGACUGGCAUUUACAUAUGCGGUCCAUAGAUGAGCACAGCACCCUGCUUGCACAGCAGUAUGAAGCUCUGAUAAAGCAGCAGGCUUCUGGCCAGGCUGACCACAAGGCCCGCAUUGAAGCCUUGGGGCAGAGGAGAGACGAGAAGAAAAGCCAGCACCAGAGUCUGCUCAUGAAGAUCGAGUCUUUGCAUGUGAAGCUGGACCUGAACAGCAGCAAGACCACUCGGAAGAACUUCAUCGUGAAGCUAGAAGAGCUCAAGGCAGAGAAGGAGCGUAUGCUUGAUGGCCAGAGAAGGUUGGCACAGGAGUUAGAAGAGGUGGACAAAAAGCUGAAGAUGCUUAUUGAGGAACAGAGCAGCGAGAAGAUUUCAUGGCAAAAGGAUAUAGAUGAUUUGCAAGCAGAAAAAGACAUAAUUGUCAGACAAGUUGAAGAAACCAGUCAGGCAGCUUUAAAGGAUGAGAUCGCUGCUGUAGAGUCUCAGAGAGAGGUAGCAGUUUCCCAGGUAGAAGACUGGAUUGCAGAGGCUGAAAGAUACCUUGGCACUCUCAGGUUGGAUCCUUCCCCACAGCAUGGACGACAGCGACUAGAGUGGGAGAAAAAUGUGGUGGCAGUCCGUAACGGCCUCACGGGACUACAGAAUAAGUAUGAUGAGAACCUUAAACUUCUACAGAAGGGUCAGCAGUUGGACAUUUUACCCACAAUCCCCUUGCCUUCCCUGCCUGUCGUUCCCACGAUCGAUUUGUUCAUGAGUCCACUCAUAAACUCCAUUCAGUCUCCUUAUUUCAGCAGUGCUAUGCUUCGUGCCCCGCCCCCCAGUUCAGUGGCCCUGCCUCAGUUCCACACUGCCCAUCGGCUCACACCUCCGCCUGUGGUGUCCCAAAGCCUGGCCACGCUUCCCCUGACCCCCUCUGCCCAUGCCACUGAGCACAACCCCCAUGGUGUCAUGGCAAUGGCGCAUGCACACAAGCCCCAGCUGACCAUGCCCACUGCCUUUCCACCUCGACUCCCCACCUACCCCACUGGAGGUGUACCUUUGUCCCGCCCCUUACCCCAUAGCAACGGCAUGCCCAACUUACUGCUAGCACAGCCUAGCACCUAUGCUACUGUCGCACCCACUAACACCUCCACAGCAACAGCUCGUGUGGCUCUGCCCUCAGGUAUGUCUCAGUUGGGUGUGCCAGCCAGUCAAGCGGCAGGGCCGCAUGUGCAGGCAGCAGUGGGACAGGCUCGUGGGGCGGGGCUGGGAGCCCAGAUGCAAAACUCCUCCUCCACGAGUGUCCCAUCCAACCCACCACCUGCAGGCAAGUUGGACCAGCUGCUGGAGAGACUGGGCAUGCUUUUCCCAGAAUGCACAAGAAAUCAGCUGACGGGUGUAUUGCAGCAGAUUAAGAGUGAGCGCGGCACUAUGGCAGGCUUGUCCAUUGAUGACCUCACACAGCAGGUGGCCCAGAGACUGGUGCAGGGUGAGCGGCCGGCCCCAGGCCCUAUAGGACCUCGCUCUGGGUCCAGGGACCUUCCUGGUCCACCUGGCCCAGUGCAGCGGCCCCCAGGCCAGCCACUGCCCCCUGUGCACCCUCAUGUCCAAGUGUUCCAGCCCCGAACCUCCCAGCAAAUGGCUCCAUCAGUAUGUAAGCUGUGUUUGAUGUGCCAGAACCACGUAGAGGCGGGGACACAGUACAUUACAAACUGCCCACACACACUACACAAAGAGUGCAUCAGUGUGUGGCUCCAGUCCAGCAAGAACAACCCCUGUCCUUUCUGCCCCAGCAAAUAAAAACACACACAGCUCUUUCUGCCCCGGUAAAUAAACCUGUGUUGACCCCAUGUUCCACGAUUGUUUCUCAGUGGAAGUCUGCAGCACUUCAGCAGCCAUGUUUCUGCUGAUCAUGUACAUCCAGCCUACUGUUUAUUUUCCAUUUUCGGAAACUAAUUUCUUACAUUUAUGUGGAUGGUGGCUGUCAUUUAUUAUAAUCUGUGAUUUAACUCCACUAGUUUGCUCCAAUUAAGUCAUUUAUUAGUUGUGGAGAAAAAGAAAUAUGUUGACAUUUUUAUAGCUCUGUGAAUUGCAGAUGACAAGAUUAUGAUUGCUUCUGACAGUAUAGAGGAAUAUUAUUUUAUUUUGUAUCAUUUUGAAAGAAAGUGGUUUUAGGUGUUUUGUGUUAAACUGAAAUUGUGAGAUCUGGAAACUAAAGUGGAAAGCCUGUCUUUAUCUUCAGACGUUUGUCGUUCACUAACUGAAAUUGUCUUUUAUAUAGGUCAUUGUAUGUAAUGAUACAUAUUUGUUUAGAGGGAUUCAUAAUAACCUUUUGAUUAUAUUUGAAAUAUUUUUUUCAGACCUUUUAACAUAUUGUAAUUGUUAAUUUUAAAAGAUAUACAGAUAAAUAAACUAUUGUAUCAUUUUAAUUAUUAAUCUUAUUCUCCCUAGUUAUGAUUAAUAGUGAAAACAAAUAUAAU